AUGUCAAACGCAAGUUCACCCUCCUCAUUACACACGUUAUUGGACCAAUUGUCAACAGAAUUACACUCAUGUCUAAGAAGGAUAAUACCGGAUAUCAAGGAAGAAACUUUAGAUCAGUUAAAAAAAAACGAAUAUCCUGAUGUAUAUAAUAAAGAAGCGGACACAAUAAAAGCGAAACUAAUUGAAAAUCAAACACACAAGUUUCUAAGCGUGGCCAAACAAAUGGAAAUUGAGUUAACCAAAAUCAUUUAUUCCGAGAGACAAACCGAGGAAGUUAUAUUAACAGAGGAAAUUCAUGGAUUACAACAAACUAUCGUACAACAAAAAGAAGUCAUAACAAAAUAUACUUCAUUAAUGAGACAAUGGACAAAAGAAUUUGAAGAAUUAGAAUAUGAAAAUAAAGAUCCUUUAUAA